AUGACGAUGAUGAUGAUGAUAAUGAAGUCGAACACCCCGUGUCUCAAAAUCUUAUCCAUCGUUCUUCUCUUCGCUUCUCUCUUCUUCUACAUCCUCGUUGCUCCCUCUUUCUUCACUUCACCUCAUCUCAACCAACACGUGUAUUUGCAACCCCACUUUGAGUUCUGCCCAAGUAACUACACCAAUUACUGUCCAUGUCAAGACCCCAUAAGGGCCAGACGCUUCCCCAAAGCGAAAUGGUUCCGCAAAGAGCGUCACUGCCCGGAGAGAACUCAAAGGUUGAGGUGCCUCGUUCCAACUCCACCGGGCUACCAAACCCCGUUUCCUUGGCCUAAGAGCAAGGAAACUGCAUGGUUCAGUAACGUGCCUUUUCCCAAGCUCGUGGAGUAUAAGAAGUCGCAGAAUUGGAUUAGAUUGGAAGGUGACCGUUUUGUGUUUCCUGGAGGUGGCACUUCGUUUAUCGACGGUGUCGAGGCUUAUGUUCAUGAUCUAAACCAUCUUCUUCCAGUGUCUUUGGAAUCUGGGGAUAUUAGAACAGUGCUUGAUGUUGGUUGUGGGGUUGCGAGCUUCGGAGCUUCUCUGAUGGACUAUGAUAUCUUGACAAUGUCACUUGCGCCAAGUGAUGAGCAUCAAUCUCAAGUACAGUUUGCCCUAGAAAGGGGACUCCCAGCAAUGCUUGGUGUACUAAGCAUUCACAGGCUAACAUUCCCUUCAAGAUCAUUUGAUAUGGUGCAUUGCUCUAGAUGUCUUGUCCCGUGGACUGAUUAUGACGGGCUAUACCUAAGAGAGAUUGAUCGAAUUUUGCGUCCUGGUGGAUUUUGGGUACUGUCUGGGCCACCCAUAAAUUGGAGGGUAAACUACGAAGCAUGGGAAACAAAGCCUCAGGUGCUAAAAAAGGAGCAAGACAUUUUAGAAGACCUUGCAAAACAACUGUGCUGGGAAAAAGUUGCCGAGAGAGGUCAAAUUGCUGUCUGGCAAAAACACAUGGAUCAUAUCAGCUGCAUGAAAAAUUUAAAGACUUCGAGAUCCCCUAUGUUCUGCAACUCAUCUGAGUCUGACCUCGAUGCUGGGUGGUAUACCAAAAUGACUGCAUGCAUUUAUCCUCUUCCAGACAUGAAAGAUGUCCAUGAAGUAUCUGGUGGCGUUCUUGAGAAAUGGCCUACGAGGUUGAAAACCGUUCCACCAAGGGUUAGAAAUGAAAAUGAUGAUGGCUUUACACUCAAAGCCUAUAUUAAAGAUAAUGAGACAUGGAAAAGGAGAGUGUCCGAUUAUGGGGUCAUGCUUAAAUCCCUCUCUUCUGGUAAAUAUAGAAAUGUUAUGGAUAUGAAUGCUGGGUUUGGUGGAUUUGCAGCUGCAAUGGAGAAAUAUCCUGUUUGGGUUAUGAAUGUCGUUCCCUUUGAUACAAAAAGCAAAGAUCUUGGUAUUAUCUAUGAACGAGGCCUUAUAGGAACUUACAUGGACUGGUGUGACAUUAGUGAUAUUGUUUUGGAGAUGCAUCGCAUUGUUCGUCCGAAAGGAGCUGUUAUCAUUAGAGAUGAGGGACAUACAAUUGUUAAAGUAAAGCAAAUUACUGAUAAAAUAAGAUGGAAAGGAACAGUAGUGGUUGGUGACCAGGAUGGGCCUUUCCAUUCAGAAAUGAUUUUGGUUAUCAUUAUUAACAAUACUGAUUAA